AUGGGCGCCGACGAGAAGGACAAGGAGAAGGUGAUCACCGCGGUGUACAGACUGCAAGUGCACUGUGGGGAGUGUGCGCGGGUCAUCAAGAAGGCUGCCGCCACCUGCGACGGUGAGCUUCCUCGUCAGAUGCCCCUCGAUUAAUUUCUCGCUGAACAGUCUGAUUCCCUUUCUGGGGCCUACGAUCUGAUUGCAGGGGUUCAGAAGGCCGAGGUGGACAUGGGAGGAAAAGCGACGGUGAAGGGAGUCUUCGACCCGGAGAAAAUCCGAAAGAGGUUGGAGAAGAAGAGUCGCAGGAAGGUUGAGCUGGUCUCUCCUCUCCCCAAGAAGGACAACCAGAAGAAAGAGGAUGUGAAGAAGAAGAAAGAGGUCCUCUCUCUCUCUCUCUCUCUCUCUAUCUAUCUAUCUAUCUAUUUAUCUAUCUAUCUCUUUCUCUCUCUCUCAUCCAUCGUCCCUCUCAACUGGUGCACCAAAACCUACCCGCCCGUCGUUCUCAAGCCGGAGGUGAAGAAGACCGUCUUGAAGGUUCAUAUCCACUGCAGCGGCUGCGAGGAGGAGCUGAAGAAGAAGCUCAAGGUCAUGGACGGUGAGAGAGAGAGAAAGAGAUGAGAGAGAGCGUCCGCAUUAGAGCUCCACAAUUAGGGUUUCUUCCCCCUUUGUCGCAGGUGUCCACACGGUGAAGACGGACAGGAAGGCCCAGACUUGCUCCGUGGAGGGUACGGUGGAGCCGGAGAAGUUGGUGAAGUUCCUGCGGAAGACGCUGAAGAAGCCCGCCGAGGUCGUCCCCCCAAAGGAAGAUAAGAAGAAGGAAGACAAAAAGGAAGACAAAAAGGAAGAGAAGGCUGCAUCGGCACACUAUGUCAACUGCAUAAGCCAUGGGAGCCCCUACUGCUCCAUCGGGAACGAUAUCUUCAGCGACGAGAACCCUAAUGCUUGCUGCGUGAUGUAG